AUGAAGACUGCCACCUCUUCAAAGCCCCUCUGUGUGUGUCUAAAACUGCGCUGCCAUGUGAGCGGAGGAUGUCACUCCAGUCGUGUUGUAUGUAAGAGGAUAGAAAACCGAGAAGAUGCGCGUGGAGGAGUAACGUCACAUUUUCAGUGGGAGCGACAGUGUGGAGAGACUGUGACCGAGCCGGGGGAGACGAAUAUGCGGCACGUCGGUCCACAGCGGCGGAUAUUUACCGGAUCAAACAUCCUUUAUAGCUGGGUGACAAUUUUUUCUUUGAAGCCACUCAGAGGAAUUUAUGAUCGCAGCAUGUUUUAA